AUGUUAUUAGGCAGAAAAAUAAACCGAAGGCUUUCGGUUCAAAACAGUCAACUUAACAGUAACUGGUUGAAAGUUCGCCAAUCUUUGGACAAGAUAAAGGGUUUUGAAGAGACCAAGAUGGAACGAGAGAAAAGCGAAAUGUUGAAAUAUCAAGAAAAACUCAAGGGUAACAGUGGGAGUUUUGACAUUUCUGAAAUUUCUACGCUGAAUACAGCGCGGAGAAGCCGGGCAAUGAGUUUUAAAGAAGCUCCAGGAGACGGUGUGAAAGUCACGUGGCCAGAAAAAACAGUUAAACCGCGGCAGCGAAGGCUGUCUAUUUCAAGUGAUACAUUGAUGCAAUCUUCUACGAUGAGCUCAGAGAAAAAGCGUAUUUUUCGAAGACGAGCGAGCUUUUCGUUGCUAGAUCUUAAGAAGCUUAACAGCGAAUUUUCUAACCUAACGAGUGAUGUAUCAAGAACAUCUCUGGACUCUCUAGAAGAAGAGCCGGUCUCAGAUAGGCGAAAGUCGGUAUUUGACAUCACAGAGGAAGAAAAUGCUGAGCCGAUUAGACUUCAGCCCCCGGUUCGCCUUCCCCCUAUUCACCAACUUACACCAGCUAAACUCGCCACGAGAAACUUUGAAAGUGAUACAAACUUCGAGAGAAAGAAAAGUGGCGAACUGGAUGAAACAGAAGACUUGAAGUAUUGUAGAUAUCUGCGAAAUUGUAGGAGAAAAAGUGUUGCAUAA